UUAUUUAUCUCGCGGUGGAAGCGCUAGUUCAUUCGGAGACUGGAAGCCGUUGGUAUAAGAGAUCAUCAGUCGCAGCUCAUUACAGUCAUUAGUGCACAACAGUUUAAGUUCAAGGACUGCUCUGUUAAUCGUUUGUUUGUCUCAGUUCAGGUGAGCUUGCGCACGCAGCGUGGGCGCGCCGCCCGCCGUCCUCAGUCAGAGACAGGCCCUGACGCCACUCGCACGAACCGCACCGCCGCAUAAGCGCAACGAACGACUUCAAAAUGGCCACAGGUCCAAAAAUAGUACAUAAGCAGUUCAACUCUCCUAUUGGGCUCUACUCGCAGCAGAACAUCCAGGAGACCCUCAACAAGCACCUUCAGAAUCUCGACAAUGGCACUGUUGGCAUCGACUUCCACAAUCCCACAACAGAAAAGCCAGCAAAUCUUGCCAAUUCAGCUGUACUCCGUAUGUUGGAAGAGGAGGAACGAAACAGAAAAGGUUACCCCAAACUUGACCCAACCCAAGUUCAGGCGAUUUUGCAGAACUUGGAACGCGUGAAGCAUCGUUUUGACAACUUCUGGCCACCGCGAAGUAAGAAACCAACUCGUAGUUGGGAUGGUCAACUCAACUCCACUUCCUAUAUUUACACUGAAUUUAUGAAGGCUACCAAAGACCAGAAAAAAGUAGUGUGGCCGCCAGCCCCCGAAACGAACGGAUAUCACCAGGCGCAACAGCAGCAGAGCCCAGCGUUCUACAACAACGCGCAGCACUCUCCGUCCCAGCCGCAAUAUUCGCCACAGUCCUCUGUCCAACCAGCACAACCUUCAUACCAAGCGCCUUACAAAGCCCAACAAAACCAACCACAGUCCCAGUCCUACUCAAACGAAGCGCCGCAACCCCAAUCGGGUUUCUGUGAGGGCCGCCGUCAGGAAACUACAGGGUUAAGCAAAUUAAUCCCAGUGGGGCCAGGUGUAACCACUGCUCCCUUAUCUCCUACAUAUCGCCAGGUCCCUAUAACAGGUCCGUUGUCCCCGUCUGCACAACCCUACCGCCAGCAGCAAAGCCGUUGGGCGCCCGUACCAGCUCCUAUCUCACCUCAGCCAACCAACCAGAAGCCUCAGUUCUCACCACAGUCGCAAUACUCACCGCAACCGCAAUACUCGGAGCCGGCGUACCAACCUCCUCAGAAGCACUUCGAGCCCCCGCCGGCGACCAUCACUCUUCGCCCCCAGCCACCCAUUCAUCAGUCACCAUCGCCGGUGUUCGCUAGUCAACCCGCCGCAGCGUCUUUCCAAGGAGGCGUUAACAUGAGAGGCGAUACUAAAUGGCCCCCCCAAUCCGUGAAGGAAGCAGUGGCGGCCGAGAACGAGGCCCGAAGGCAGUUGGCUAAAGGCCCUGCCUGCAGACCUCGCAAGCUGCGGCAAUAUUCCCUUGCCGAAUUGCUUGCCAUGAACGAGGUGUAGACGCCUAUUCUGUACGCUCGGUACAUGCCGGAUUUUAAUGACCGUUUGUACAAAAGGAUUAUAGUUCCUUCUUCUCGCAGCAUGCCCUGAACCACAGCUACACCAGCUACCGCGUGCCGCCCGGCACCCAGCACUACGAAGAUCACUCGGGCCGAUCGUCUUAUUAACUAAAUUAUAGAUUUACGUU